CUGAAAGUGUGUGAGUUCUUGAAAAUGGCUCAGGCUAGUAUUUCAGUAGAUCAGGACCAGUUUGUCUGUCCACUAUGUCUGGAUUUCCUGAAGGAUCCAGUGACUAUCUACUGUGGUCACAGUUUCUGUAAGAUGUGUAUCAAUGACCACUGGGAUCAGGAGAAUCAAAAAAGUGUCUACAGCUGUCCUCACUGCAGAGAUAAUUUCACUCAAAGACCUAUUCUUCGCAGAAACAGUAUGUUGGCUGAAUUGAUGGAGAAGCUGCAGACAAUUGAAGUCCAAGCUCCUUCUCAUGCUCACUGUUACGCCGGACCUGGUGAUGUGGAGUGUGAUUUCUGCACUGGAAGAAAACACAAAGCCGUCAAGUCCUGUCUGGUGUGUGUGGCUUCUUACUGUGAAAUUCAUCUGAAACCUCAUCUCGAACGUCCUGCUUUGAAGAAGCACACAUUAAUUAAAGCGUCAGGAAAACUACAAGAGAAGAUCUGCUCUGAGCACGACGAAGUGCUGAAGAUCUACUGCCGGACCGAUCGAACCUGCAUCUGUUAUCUGUGCAUGAUGGAUAAACACAAAGGACACGAGACCGUCACGGCUGCAGCAGAACGAGCCGAGAAACAGAAUAUGCUGAAGGAGGACCACAUAAGAUUGCAGAAGAAAAUCCAGGAGAAGCAGAAGAUGGUACAGGAGUUGAAACAGGCUGUGAACAUUAUAAAGCUUAAUGCACAGACAUCAGUAGAUGACAAUGAGAGGAUCUUUACUGAGAUGAUCAGCUCCAUAGAGAAAAAGCGCUCGGAGGUGACAAAGCUGAUCAGAGAUCAGGAGAAGGCUGAACUGAGUCGACCUGAACGACUCCUGGAGCAACUGGAACAGGAGAUUUCUGAUCUUCAGACGAGAAUCACUGAGCUGGAGCAGCUUUCACACACACAAGAUCACAUCCAUUUCCUUCAGGCUUUAGUUUCUGGACGCCAGUCUCCUACAAUACUAAAACCAUAUUUCCACACAUCGAGCAUCACUGUCCAUCAACAUCUCUCAUUUGAUGGAGUGAGAAAUUCUCUCUCAGACCUGAAGAAGAGAUUCAAGGAAUUCUGUGAGGAGGAAUUUAACAAAAUCCCUCCACAAGUUGCAGCUGUUUAUGUUAUUUCACCGCAAGAGCCACAAAGCAGAGAAGAUAUUUUGAAAUAUUACUGUUACCUGACACUGGAUCCCAACACAGCACAUCGUAACCUCAUUCUGUCUGAGAAGAACAGAGAAGUGAAAUACAGUACAAGCGAUCAGAAGUACUUUGAUAAUCCAAAUAGAUUUAACUGUAUAUGGCAAGUGUUGUGUAAGGAGAGUGUGUGUGGACGCUGUUACUGGGAGGUGGAGUGGCGCAGUGAUGGAGGUGUGGCCGUAUCAGUCUCAUAUAAAGACAUCAGCAGGAAAGGGCGGGGUGAUGAAUGUAGGUUUGGACACAAUAAUCAGUCUUGGAGUUUGUGGUCUUCUUCAUCUUCUCUCUGUUUUUAUCACAACAACAAAAAAACGGAUCUCGAAGUUUCAUCGUCCUCCAGGUUAGGGGUGUUUGUGGAUUACAGUGCAGGAACUCUGUCCUUCUACAGCGUCUCUGACACCAUGAAGCUCCUCCACAAAGUCCACACCACAUUCGCUCAGCCUCUAUAUGCUGGAUUUGGGCUCUACUGGGGGUCGGCUUCUACUGUGAGAUUGUGUGAUCUAAAUGAAAGUGUGUAGAUGAUUCAUGUAAAAUUCCUGCAGGUUGCCAUGUUGUUGCUAAAACGUCACAAAGAUUUUGAGACAAACUGCUAAAAUGUAAAAGAAAACUGAUCUAAUAAAAUUUUGUGG